AAGUCAGUCUGUCAGUCAGUCAGUCAGUCAGUCACUUUAUUCUGUCUAGUCUUAACAUACGAGGAAUGUACCACAAGCAUUGUGGAUUUGUUCUGUUCUGGCUGUAUGCCUGCGCUUUAAUGGCUCUCAGUGGACUAUUUUGCAGCAAUGGGACAAUUCUGACAGCUCCAUCAGGGGAGAACAGAACAGAUUUAGAUCCCCCCUCGCGUCUGGAGGUACAUUGCUGGUCUCCAAGUUACCCCUUCAAAGUCCUAUGCUCUUGGCUGGAGUUGCCACAGACCCAGCUGGUCACUCACUACAUCGUCACCUACAGUGUCAAGGGCGGGGAGAUCCAGCAGUGCCAUCCCCACCCGGUCUCCAUGGCAUCUCUCUCCAUCCCUGAGUCCUCUCUACCCAGGGAAAACAACUCCUCCGCAAGGACAAUGUGGCGCUGUGUCCUAGAAGACCUGAAGCUCUACACCUCUUACCAACUAAACGUCACAGCGGUCAACACUGCGGGCAGCGCCUCCCACCUGCAGCUCUUCACUCUAGAGGACAUUGUGAAACCAGACCCCCCUGUGAAUGUCACUGUGCAAGUUGUACCUGGGAAACUGAAGCUGUUAGUAAAGUGGGACCCUCCCCCUUCCUGGUCUGACCACACCCUCUUCCCGCUCAUGUACAAAGUGAGAUACCAGUGGGAGAACAAGGGCGUCUCGCAUGCGAUAACAUUGGAUCCGUUUGAGAACACCCAGAAGGUUUUGCCUGGCCUGUCUCCUGGGAGAUCAUACCUGGUUCAGGUGUGUUCCAUGGAGCACAUGGGGAUGGGCCAGAGCAGUAACUGGAGCCCACCCGUUACUGUCACUAUGCCAUGAGACUGAUGCCCAGCUGAUAUUGUACAUACACAUACAGCACCAGUCAAAAGUUUUUGUAGGGAAGGGUGUGACCUUAAUGGGUAAAUGUACCCAAACAUUUGACUGAUACUGUAUACACAUAGAUCUUACACAUAGAUCACACAAAUGUACAUCAAUAUAAUCUGGAUUAGCAAUGAAAUUGACACUUUAUUUGAAACAUUUUGUGAUAUAAAUGCUAACUAAAGCAAUACAAAUGUAUUUAACACAAAAUUGGCUACAGCAACUUAAUAAAGCACGG